UUUUCCUGUGGGAAAUGGGUCCAAAUGGCUCUUUGAGUGUUUAAGGUUGCCGACCCCUGGUAUUAUAAAGUAAUAGUCCAAGUAGUAUGAAGCGUACACAUGAGAUUACUUUAUAAAGGCAAACUGCUGAAUGCCAGACACUGGGUGUAUUUAGUUUAGCACUUAUAACUAUUUCCUAUAGAAUCGAGAGACGGGUUUCGGUUUCAAUUCAUCUGGCCUCUUAAGUUUCAUUUUAUCACCUGGUUUAAAUUCGCUUUCUCAUGCUUUCCGUAUCAGUUGGAACUCGGACACUGUUACAAAGAGGACAUUUGUACAUCCUGUGGGAAUGCUUUAUUGGGGCAAACUGAAUUCGACAGAAAAUGACCCGACACAUCGGAACAUAGAUAAUGCGUCUGGUGACAUUUUACGCGCGACGAGAGUCACGGACGUGUCCAUGCGUGAGGGUCUCGCGGCGUUCCUCAGGGACACGGAUGGGAAAGUCAUCGUAGUGACGUCUCAAAAGCGAAUAGUUUUGAAGAAGGAUCAAAUUAAAUUAUUGAGCAGUGGAAAGAAACAUGUUAUAACUGUGACUGAGACAGGAAUGGUGAAUGAAUGGAACUGUUCAGAUCAAAGCAACAUACCCAGGACUUUGGGCAGCUUAUCUAGCAGACAUGUUGUGCAAGUUGCAUGUGGAAACUAUCACUCAAUCGCUCUAACAGAAGAUGGUCAAUUGUUCACAUGGGGUCAGAACUCGAGAGGUCAGCUGGGUCUGGGGAACAAGAGUCCGAGCUUUCAUCCUCCUCAGCUUCUCGAGUCUCUGUGUGGGAUACCACUGACUCAGAUCAGCGCUGGAGGAUACCACAGCUUCGCCCUGUCUCUCUCCGGAGCCGUGUUCGGUUGGGGAAGGAACUGUGCUGGGCAGCUUGGUCUGGGAGACAGAGAUGAUAGACAUGUCCCUGUUUGUGUAAAGAGCUUGAACCUGAAGAAGACCGUGUUCAUCUCAUGUGGAGAGUAUCAUACUGCUGUUCUAACAAAGGGUGGACUGGUAUUGACAUUUGGAUCAGGACGUUAUGGGCAGCUGGGACAUAACUCACUCAGAGACGAGCAUCAGCCUCGUGUAGUUGCUGAAUUCUGGGGGUCCAAAGUGUCCCAAAUUGCCUGUGGACAGCAUCACACUCUGGCACUUGUCGAAUCCUCAAACACCAUCUACUCAUUUGGAUGUGGAGAGCAAGGACAGCUGGGAAAUGGACAGAGAUCCAAUCAGUGUGUGCCACUUCCUGUUCAGCUGCCACCAGAAUAUAGCUCUGAUCAGAUUAGGAAAAUUAAUGCUGGAGGGAAUAUUUCUGUCCUAUUUAUAUCUAAAAAGGAUGGUGUUCAAGCAAGUUCAAAUCUGAGAUCAUGCAAUGGACAAGCAAUGCUGGAGGACAAAAUUAUCGGCCGCUGGAUUUCAGACUGUAACCCAAAAGUAUGGAAAAAAAUCCAAAGGGAAAUCAAGAAAAUAUUCUCCUCAGCAUCAUUCAUCAAUGGUAGUUUCAUUGACAAAAGCAAUGACAAACAUUACGAAACAUCAGUACGGAUGUCAGGCCUGGAUUUAUCGUUGGCUCGUCUUGCUUUUGAGAAGCUGGCCAAAAAUGACAGAGUUCUGUCCCUGGUCGAGAAAACUGUAGAGAAUCAUCUUCUGCCCUCUCUGGGCUCCACUGCUGCUGGUGCGGAGGCUCUUAGGGUUUACCUUGUCCUACCCGAGCUCCUCAGAGUGCUGAAAAAACAUGGUCGUGGCACACAACUCACUAUCUUGCUGGCGUCUGCAAUCUUAAAACUGGAGCCUGAGUCAAUGGAUGUUUUGAACAGCCUGUGGACCACACUGCCCUACAACUACUACAGGACUCUGGUGAAGAUGUUUCACUCAGUGUGCUCUCAGUUCCUGUCACUGAUGAUGAACACAAAAUGCAACCACUGGACUAAACUAGAGCCUGUGCUGAAGGUUCUGCAGAAGCUAUACAAUAUUAACAGUCAGAGAACUGCUCAGCUGACUGAGGGUUACUUCACUAUCAAGGACGUCUGUGAUUUGCUUGACGGGCUACCUUUGCAGAUGUCUUGGUUCGACAGUGAUGAUGAUUUGCUAAAGAUUUGGGUAACCUUUAUUUGGAAACGAAUAGAAAGGCUUAAAAAUUACCCUUUUGUCCUUAACAUCAGAAGUAAAUACGCUGUGUUUCAGCUUUUACAAGUACAACAGUCGGGACAUUCGUGGGAUUUUUGCUUUGAAAACACACUGUGUGUGAACAGAGAAACAGUGCUGGAUGACACACUUGUGUACCUGAAAAAGAACAGUCAUAAAUUUUCUUUCCCUUUAACGGUGAAAUUUGCUCUAGAGGAUGGGAUUGAUUAUGGGGCUUUGAGAGCUGAAUACUUCACCUUGCUUGGGAAGAAAAUAGCAAAAGAUUCCUGUCUAAUUCAAGCAUCCGAGGACUCAGGAUACUUCUGGUUCUCUGCUGAUGAUUCAGAUUCCAGUCAGAAGGAAUUGUUCUACAUUGGUGUCAUCUGUGGAAUGGCCUUUUAUAACCACAAUUAUAUGUACAUUGGCUUCCCGGUGGCACUGUUUAAGAAGCUGUUGAACAUCAGACCAACUUUCAAGGAUCUCGAGGAGCUGUCACCAGUGGAGGCCAGAAGUCUAAAAAACGUGCUGGCUGAAGACGAGGAUGUUGUGGAGCUCCUCGAUUUGGAUUUCACAGUGAAAGGAAAAGAGCUCAUCCCAAAUGGAGCAGAAAUACCAGUCACAAAAGCUAACAGGCAUAAAUACGUAGACUUGUACGUUGACUUUGUUUUCAACAAGUCUGUGAAGAAUCAGUUUAGAGCAUUUAAAAGGGGUUUUUCCCAUGGAAACCCCUUUCAGUUUUGGAAGAUUUUCAAGCCUGUAGAGCUCAGAGACUUACUCUACGGCACGGCCAAAUACGAGUGGAAAGAGCUCCAAAAAGGUGUCACAUAUGAACUUUGUGAAGAUUCAGAUGAACUCAUCCAGAACUUCUGGUCAGUCUUCUUCGAGCUGGUAGAAAAACACAAGAAGAUGUUUCUGACUUUCAUCUAUGGGACAGAUCGCUUGCCUUUAGAAGGACUCUCUAAACUGCAGUUGAAAAUAGUGAGACAGAACUAUGAUGAUGCAGACGACCGUUUCCCUCGGGCUCAGACCUGUUACAGAAUUUUGUAUCUUCCAAACUACAGCAACAUCCAAAUACUUCAAGAAAAACUCAUUCACGCCAUCACUUAUUGUGAAGUUUUUGGACAAGCAUAAAAGUGGGAUGUGUAGGUCAGAUAUAAAAAGUCAAAGUUAACGCUAACCCUAACCCAAGUCACAGCCUUUAAGCUUAGGUGACUGCUUGUGUGCAAUGAGAACUGUGUCUUCAGUAAACCUGUGUUUACUUCCUUCACAGUUCAAGUUUACUUCUUGUUUUAAGCCCCACUGUGUUGUUUGUUGUGAUAUAUAUGCGUUUGUAAGGAAGUUUUUCAUAUUUUUUUUCAUGGCUACAUGAACCCAUCAGCCCAAGCAUAUCACAUAUCCAUGUCACUCACAUUUACUGUGCUACUAAUGUUACUACUAAUGUUUUAUUCACUCACACUUACUCUGUGUUACUAAUAAGCUCCACUAUUUAAGCUCUGGUUUCUGUGCAUCUUUCUGUUGUUGUAUUUUUGUUGCAUUUUAUUGUUUUUGUGUUGCUUCUCCUGCCAUGUUAUGUUUGUCAUAUGUGUGCUAUGUAUAUCCAUAGUUGCAUCCAGGUACUUGUUUAAAGGUGGGGUCUCUGUUGUUUGAAAGCCAAUGUUGACAUUUGAAAUCAUCAAAACAAACAUGCCCCUAACCCAAAUGUGUCCCUCCCUUGGUUUUAUAGCUCUACCCACACAUACAUACCGUCGCUGUCGGGCGGAAUCCUCGUGUCUCCAAAACCAUUAUUUUUCAGUAAAUUAAAAAAACGCCCCUAACCUAACCUUCGUGGUUCAUGGGUUUCUUUCUGCACAGAAGCAUUACAGCUAUCGAUUUUUAACAAAACAGUCCUACUCAAAUGUAUCUAACCUAACUAUUUUCACUUGUUAGUGUCCAAAAAACAGUGUUUUACACUCUUAAUCUUGAGGAGAAAUAUGCCGUGAAGCUCUCCCGCGGAGUGAAAAAUAUGAAAUUGACAAAAUUUGGACAUAGGAGGUUUCCGCCCGACAGCGACGAUACGUA